AUGGCCCUUAUAAAGACUAGACUGUUCCUUCCCAUUUUGUUCACAAUGAUAUUUGUACUUGGCUUUAUGUGGCACCAAAAACCAUUUCAGAACGCUCUCAGUUUUAAAAUUCUUUUUAAAAACUGCCAUGACGUUAUCAAAGGAGGAAAAGAAGGAAACAAUUCAGCCACUUCAGCUACUAUGAGUAAACUUCAAAUAAAAAUAAAUGAAAUAUUCAACAAGAUUGAACGUCUAAUCCCAAAUGCUGCAUUUCUCCAUUUGAAUAAAACCACAAAUGCCAGGAAUAGUCUAGCUUCUCUAACAAACCCCAAAGAGAAAUAUUGUGUUGGAGAAAACUUUGUGAUUCAGCUUGAUAUGUAUAAUUAUUUGGGUGAGAGAAAGACUAAUGGAGGAGACUACAUAAGAGCUAGAAUAUUCUCAAAACCCCUCGGAGCUUCUAUAUCAGGAAAGGUUGAAGACUUUAAGAAUGGGACUUAUCAUGUCCACUUCCUUUUGCACUGGGAAGGCCGGGUCAAUCUCUCUGCUAAGUUGAUGCACCCCCGUGAAGCUAUAUCAGCUCUAUGGAGAGCUAGACAUUCCAGCCUUGGGGUUAUUGGCUUUCAAGGAAAAUUUGUUAGUCUCAAUCAAGAGGCUAUAACUACAUGCGGCUUUAAGCUUGACACAGAAAAGGAGGUUUGUGAAUAUGUAGAUCCUGGUGAUGAAGAGGCCUUCUACUGCAUAAAACCACCCAGUCUACCAUGUGAGAGUUUACGGGAUAUGACUGCUGUUAAACUCGGAAUCUCAUACCUUACUGAAGAGGAAACAGAGAUGUUUAUACGCUCCAACAUUGGUGUUGAAAUCCCGAAGAACUUCGAGUUUAUAGAUGUUGUAAGUUGUAACAAAGCUGGGGAUACUAUUAAGCCAACAUGCCAGAUUGGAAUGAGCUCCCCCUUCCCUAGCGGAUACUUUUUCAACAACACAUGGAAUCCUGUUUAUUGCAAUAUGACUUCAUAUAAAAGUGCAGAGGAUUUUACCCAGUGUCUCCAGGGAAAAAAACUUUUCCUCAUUGGGGACUCAACCUUACGCCAAUACAUCAUGCACUUUACUGAAGAUAUUAAAAUUGUUAGCUAUUUCAACUAUCACCUCAAUGGAUGGAAAAGUUGGAUAAGGUCCCUUCUAGCGUUAAACAUAGAGAAGGAUAUUUAUGUGUCCUACAGUAGACAUGGAUUCCCUCUGGAAAGCUUCAUGUUCUAUUACUUCCAGGAGGACAAAUACACAAGCCGUCAAAUAGACCUGCUAGGUGGGGGAAAGGACACCAUCAUUGUCAUUACUCUGGGGCAACAUUUCAGACAGUUUCCCCUCCACCUGUUCAUCAGAAGAGCUAUUAAUAUAAGAAGAGCCAUAAAACGACUUUUCCUCCGGAGUCCAGACACUAAAGUCAUCAUUAAAACAGAAAAUACCAGGAAUUUCCAUACAGAUGUAGAACGAAUUGGAGACUUCAAUGGGUACUGUCAAUAUCAUGUUUUGAGAGAAGUUUUUCAGGAUAUUAACGUAGGCUUCGUGGAUGCCUGGGAUAUGACUGUUUCAUCAGCCACUGAAGAUGUUCAUCCUCCUGGAAUUACUUUAGAAAAUAUAAUGAGCAUGACCUUCUCAUUUGCCUGUUCAUAG